GAACAUGACUCGUGUUUGCAAUCAGAGUUGCAGGACGACACAGGCCGCCGACCCCCGCCAAGCGCGGCAUGUCGCCGCGGUGGAUGCUGGACGUCGGCGUCCCAGGCCCCGCGCCCCAAACUGCUCUCGUCGCCGCCCAUCUCCCGGUGCCGCAUCAAUCCUAUCGAGUACGAGCAGCUCGCUGCCUCGACUAGCUGGCUCAUUGUUCCGGGCCAGCUGCUCUGCUCUGCUCGCUCGUUCGGCGUCCGGUUCAAGGGAGAAGGACCAACUGCCAUGCGAUUGUGGGAGUCAAGCGGCGGCGGAAGCGGAUUUGCAAAUCGCGACCUCCCUCCUUGAAGUUGAUCGUUCUCGCCGGCUGGUUUGCCCACCGCCCGGUGGUUCCUGACUGAGGCAAGCCAAGCUGGCACUUGCUAUGUAAUGAUUCUGCACCGAACCGAGGUCUUGCCGCAAGUAGAUGAGGACAAGUGGACAACCAUACUAGUAUAUUAUGGCUGAAAUGUUAUUGGCUGAUUAAGAUAGACGGACUGAAAGACUUCAAGUGCAUCAAUGACUGUCCUUUUCUGGAUAAUAUCAUGUUAAACGAAUCUGAUGCAAAUAUUACAAGAAAUUGAUUAGGUAGCCAUUCUGCAUUUGACUUUGGGGGAUUGGUAGGUUCUCUUCUUCCAGCUGCUGGGUUGACGAAUUGACUGUGUAGGCAGAAGGAGUGGCUUAGCGUGUGACUCUAUGAGCAACCAUCCAACAAGAGGUAGUUUGAUCUCACCUAAGCAAGAGAUUCCUCUUCUACCACCUCCCAGCAGGAGCAGGCUCACCGCUGCUCGUCUACACCGAGGCAUGGUGACCAAUUCCUUUCUUGUCAGCCGGUUUUUCUUUCUCGCGAGCCUGAAUUGCAUAUGCUACAUUUUGGGCUUCUGGCUUGCGGAGAAUGACCACCACUGGACCACCGCCUUUGUCUCUACUACUUCUCGCAUCUGCCGUUAAAAUCGAAAGGUAUGGCGUUAUUCCUUUAAAAUUGAGUAUCAUAUCUUGGUUCCAUGCUCUUUAGUUUUGCUUAUGAAUUGUUUGAUGAAAUGCCCAAAUAAUCAUCUGUCCACUUUUUACAAUAUAUAUGCUCCUAGUUAAAGUCUAUGGCAUGUGGUUCCUGUAGCUGGUUGUCGUAAGAAGAAAGUGCUUCGAACUUGCAUGUCUGGAAUCUGACUAGGAUCAAGAAAAGGGGCAUCAUUUUUCAUAUAUUUUACUAGCAAGUGGAUGUAUGGAAAAAGAUAAUUACUGAAAGGGCCUUCACCUUGUAAUUCUGCAACAACACUUGUCCAUUUUUUAUUUCAUCAUUAGUGGGAAUUUACAAUGAGGAAGGUGGGAAGAAAAAUGCGAACAAGGACGUGUUUGAUGACAAGAAAGGUGUGCUUGAUUGUGUGGCUGUGACAGGGACGGACAGGUCCUAUGGCUUGACAAGAAAACAGUCAGCUGGUCUUCCUCCUUCCAUGUAAUGAAGUAACCAUGAGGUGUGAGCAAGCAUCCAACAGGCUAGUUUGUGUGGCCAAGCUAAAUCUCACCUAGGCAGGAGAUUUUCCUUCUGGAGCACAGGAGUAUGGCGAAAGCCGCUCGUCUAUACAGUGUUAUUGAUGCAGAUGUCUCAGCAUUCACUGAUCAUGGCUUCAACCACUAAAUCCUAGACAGUGCUGCCGCCACGUCCUUGACUCCUUCUUUCAUUAUCAAAGAGUAGAAAGAGAAGAGCAUUGCGUGGACAAUUUGCACAGCACAAGGCCCACAAAACAUCAAGGCAGGCGCACUUGCAUCGAAGUCAGAGUCCAUUAGUUUGCCCACUAUGGGCACAAUUUUGGAUGCUCUCACUUCGAAAUUUUUGACGAAGUUGGGUCAGCUUAUCGAAGAUGAGGUUGUGAUGACACUAAGCGUGAAAAAGGAUAUCAAGAGGCUGAAGAAAAAUCUGGAAUACUUCAGCGCUGUUCGUGAGGACAUGGAAGCUCUGGCCAUGAAAGAUAGACGGAUAAAGGCAUGGUGGAAGAGCAUGACUGAUGUUAUGUUUGAUGUUGAUGUCAUCAUAGAUCUUGUUAUGGUUCAUUCACAGAAGCUUCUGCUACCACCUAGAUCGGUAUGUUGCAAUCAGUCUAUGGUUUCUUGUUUUGGAAAGCUUUCAUUUGAUCAUAAGGUGGCUAGAAGAAUUAAGGACAUAAAUGAAAAGCUUGAUGAGAUUAAAACGAACACACAGAUGUUCAGAUUGGAUAGAACCAUUCGUCAACAAUUCCAGGUAACAACCGUGGAUAGAAAUCAGACAUCCCCUAUAGAUGAACUAGAGGUUGUUGGAAGAGAGAUCAAACAAUCUGUUGGUAACAUAGUACAAAUGAUUGUCAGUGGCUGCCAUGAGAAUAGUAGAAGUGUUCUGGGGAUUCAAGGAAUGGGAGGCAUUGGUAAGACAACGUUAGCCCAGAAGAUAUAUAAUGAGCAGAUGAUAAGAGAGAAAUUCCAAGUUCAUAUAUGGUUGUGCGUUUCGCAGAGCUACACAGAGACCGGGUUGAUAAAGCAGGCAAUACGAAUGGCUGGAGAAAAGUGUGAUCAACUAGAGACCAAGACUGAGCUUCUUCCACUUUUAGUGGACACUAUCAAAGGAAAGAGUGUUUUUCUUGUCCUGGAUGAUGUGUGGAAAUCUGAUGUCUGGAUUGAUCUUCUUCUAUCGCCUUUCAUGAGAGCCUUUAAUUUCCAUGUCCUUGUCACCACAAGAGACCUGGAUGUUUUGUCAGAAAUGCAUGCAAUAUAUACCCACCAAGUAAACAAAAUGAAUUACAAUGAUGGCUUAGAACUGCUUAUGAAGAAGUCCUUUCAGUCGUCCGAGCAAAUAAGUGAAUUCAAGAAUAUGGGGUAUGAAAUUGUAAAGAAAUGUGAUGGCCUUCCUCUUGCCAUAAAGGUCGUUGCAGGUGUCCUAUCUACCAAAAAAACAGUUGCCGAAUGGAAGAGCAUCCGAGAUAGCAAAUGGUCCAUUCAUGGACUCCCGAAAGAACUUGGAGGCCCACUGUAUUUAAGUUACAACAAUUUACCCCCUCGACUCAAGCAGUGCUUUCUCUGGUGUGCUUUAUUGCCUCCUAAUUUUGAAAUCCACCGUGAUGCUGUAGCUUACUGGUGGGUUGCCGAAGGUUUUGUGAGGAAAGAGCAUGAGUUCUCAGUACAUGAAAUUGCUGAAGAGUAUUAUCUUGAGCUAGUUCGGAGGAAUCUUAUUCAACCAAUACCAAAGUAUGUAGACAAGGCUGUGUCAACAAUGCAUGAUCUAUUGAGGUCACUUGGACAAUAUCUGACAAAGGAUCACUCCCUAUUCAUGAAUGCGGAAAAUAACAAUGCCAUGUCGAAUCUGCGCCGCAUAGGCAUCAGCCAUGCUGUAGAAAAAAUACCCGCUCUAGAAGAGCAUAAGUGUUUGAGGAGCCUCCUACUGUUUAAUAACAAGAACUUCAAGUCGAUUCACAAGGAAAUUUUCAGAAAGCUCGAGCAUAUCCGUAUUUUAGUUCUCAGCGGAACAAGCAUCCAAAAUAUACCAGAGUCACUGGGGAACUUGGUGCUAUUGAGGUUGCUAGAUCUGAGCUAUACUGAAAUUAACAUGCUUCCAGAGUCCACAGGAAGCCUCAUCAGCCUUGAAUACCUCUCUUUGCUUGGUUGCCAUCAUCUGGAUAGCCUGCCAGCUGGUCUCAUGAGACUGUCCAACAUAAGUUUUUUGCAAUUAGAACAGACUGCAGUUGAUCAUGUUCCAAAAGGGAUUGCAAAGUUUCAGCAGCUCUACAACCUAAGAGGAGUUUUUGAGAGUGGUACUGGAUUCAGAUUAGAUGAAUUGAGACGCCUCCCCAAUAUCCAACGUCUUUGGGUCGAGAAGCUAGAGACAGCGGCACCAGGGGCUGAACUUGUACUGAAGAACAGCCAUAAUCUUAGAGAACUGGGACUGCGCUGCACAGUGGCCAGUACGCAAGAGAGAACUCGUUACCAGACUGAUGAGGUUGAGAGAAUUCAGCAAGUCUAUGAUAUGCUUAUUCCAUCACCAAGCCUUGUAUAUAUUUUUCUGGAAGGGUUCCUGGGUAUAAGAUUCCCGGAAUGGCUACUCUCAGAACCGGAGCUUAAUAUGCCAAGUUUGUGUCAUAUGCACCUCAAUGAGUGCGUAUCAUGUUCAGAGCUUCCACCAGCAGGUCAGAUGCCAGAAUUGCUAGUUCUUCAGAUUAAAGGUGCAGAUGAAAUUGUAACUAUUGACACAGAACUCCUGGGGAAAGGUGUCAGAAGUGCAGCGGCUUUCUUCCCAAAACUUGAACUGCUUCACAUCAUUAGCAUGUGUAGUUUGGAAAAAUGGUCACUGAACAUAAGAAAUAAGCUUGAUGACAUGGAAGACAACUCUCAGCAGUUCACUCUGAUGCCCUGCCUUAAGCGUCUGCUGCUUCUUGAUUGCCCCAAACUGAGAGCUCUGCCUCAAGACAUGUCCAUGAUUGUUAAUUUGAAGAGAAUCCACAUUGAAGGUGCUCACAAGCUUCAAGAAGUUGUCAAUCUUCCUGCCGUUCUGUGGCUCAAGGUGAAGAACAACGCAUGUUUGAGGAGGAUUUCUAACCUCUGUAAGUUGCAGCACCUGUUUGUACAGGACUGCCCAAUGCUGGAUCAGGCAGAGAACCUGUGCUCACUGAAUAGGGUGUACAUGAUUGACUGCCCACACGUCCAAGAGUUCAGGAAUUGUCUCGCGGAAGAAGAGCAAGGCAUCCUAGUCCAUGUUGCAGCAGAUGGACGUAAUAUCUUCCCGGAUGAAUCUCUCUAUAAUUAGAUAGGCUUACAAGAUCGGUUCGUAUUGAAGACAUGAUGGUUAGUUGUGAAUACUCAAAAUUUUGUGAAGCCUUGAAGUGCAAGGAGCUCUUUGAUGACAGGCAAUGGGAGUGUCGAAUGCUGGAGUGCAGUGUUGUUGCCUUUUCUCUGUUUUACAUGGCCGCUCAAAAUAUCAGAUUGGUUACGGAUAUGGCCUUUUGCAGGGAGCUGCUGCUCGGGGAUUCCUCAGAAUCCUUCAUCAUAUCUUCGAGCCUUGAAGUGCUAUGGAGCUCUUCGAUUGGAGGCGGACGAUGGGAGGUCCCUGUUUGUUGAGUUCUGGAGUGAAAUGCUGUUGCUUUUUCUCUGUAACAUUUGUUCUUUUAGUGUGUUCUUGUGGAGUUCAGGUGAGUAUUUCACCUGGGCUGCCUACAAAAACGGCGUCAGAAGCUCAUUAGUUUUUGGAUUGAUUGAAUAAUGAUAAUGGCGUACCUAUGGUUGAUUUUCAAAUGGCUUUUGUACUAUCACUUUGAGGAACGUGACUAUCUGGUAUCAGGGAAAGUUAAACA